AUGGUCGCUCCGCUGCCGCCAGAGCUCACUGACUAUAUCAUCGACUACCUGCACCGAGACGUCGCUUCGCUUGGUGCAUGCGCUCUUACGUGCAGCAGUUGGUUGCCCGCGGCUCGCUACCACCGGUUUCGGUUGCUCCGCAUGUCGACGAAUGCAAGAAUCACCGCGUUCGGAGAACUCGUAGCUUCGUCGCCUGCAAUAGGUCUUAUCGUCUACGGGUUGCGGAUUCAUCGGCCCACUCUCGAGUGCCUCUUAUCCAUCUUGCCUUCACUUCCGUCACUCGUGGGCCUUGAAGUGUCCAACGGCCAGUUUACCCAGGGCAAUUUCAAAUGCCGCCGCAUUGACACCAAAUUUCCUGCUUUGCGGAGGUUGGAGUUCAACGCCUGCAUACUUCGAUUGGACAUACUAGCGAAUCUGCUCAUGUUCUUCCCUCGACUCUUAGACUUGAGGAUGCUCCAGCCCCAUAUUCAUCCCAUCUCAGGGGAUGCCGCGCACCCUGUCGUUGGCCGGCGUCUGAAACGUCUACGGACUGUGAUGGUGGAUCACGAUCCCAUAUCACGAAACGAGGAGCCACACAGACUCUAUAGCUGGCUUAUAGACAAUUUUGGCCCUAAUCGGCUUGUGCGGUUUAGGAUCAAUCGUAAGCGCGACGACCCGAGCCCUCUUCAGCCCGUGUUGGACGUCUUUGGCCCGCACCGCUUACGGGAUAUAUUAUUGGGUCUAUACAACCUCGAAGACAAGGCUUCUCAGACUCUGUUCACGCUGAAGCCCUGCGUCAACUUGCGCGUGAUAACAAUCAAGUUCGGCACCCUUGAGCCCCCGGCACCUACGGUGGACCUGACAUGGAUCAGCGUGCUUAUAUCCCAGCUCAACUCUCCUUUUCUCGAGACGAUCGAUCUGUCGAUCUCCGUUCUACCAUGCAACGCGUCCUUGAAUGACUGGAGGUUUGACAGCAUCCGGGCGCUGGAUUGGGAAAACAUCAACCAGACGCUCCAGCGGCCUAUUCUCAACAAUCUGCGAGAAUUCAAGAUAUGUGGCCGAGGUCCCGUAGGGCCAUUCAAGGCGUUUCUGGAGGAGAAAUGCCCUGCUGCUUACAAAAGAGGUUUAUUCCAACUGAAACCGUCACACGAUUGA